AUGCCUACUCGUCGUAAGGUGUAUGAAGCCAUUGCCAUGCUCGGAAACAUUGCUCUUCUUCAGUGGGCUCACGAUAAAGGAUUUCCAUGGGAUGAAGAGACGUGUGCUGCGGCAGCCAAGGGUGGGCAUCUUGAUGUAUUGAAAUGGUUGCGCAAAAAUGGUUGCCCCCGGCGUGUGGGUACUUGUAUGAAUGCCACUGAAGGCGGACAUCUCCAUGUAUUGAAAUGGGCACAUGAAGAUGGUUGCCAUCGGGAUGAAUACACUUGUGCAAAUGCUGCCAGAGGUGGGCAUUUAGAGUUGUUGAAAUGGGCACGUCAAAAUGGUUACCCCUGGAAUGGAUUCUUGUCCAUGUGCUGCCCGACAUGGUCAUUUUGA